AUAUUAUUGUGUUGUUGUCGGUCGGCGCUGAAAACGAAAGUCGUCAAGACGCCAACCGCCACGAAUCGAAUGUUGUUGUCGGCUUGUCGCGACUACGAUAUCCGCGCGCGGCCGACGAUCGCGUGACGUCGCGCAAACGCCGGCCCGAGAUCACCUUCGGAAACCCGGUCUAACCGGAUAACUGGUUAGGUUUUAUUUUUAUUUCGCGCUCUUAUUACAAGUACACGACAUAAUAUACAUUUUUAGUGUUAUUGAAUUUUGGCGGCGAGACAAUAAUAUUAGCCGCUCGCGUCCAAGGACUACCGCAAUCCAGCUGCUGCUCUGGCGUGAUCGUGAGUCAGACUGCUGCAGCUACUCUAUGCGGUGCAACGAGUUUCCUGGUGUGCGCCGGUACCUAUAGAGUUAUCGUAUAAAGUGGACGAUAGUGUAAAAUGUCUGCCGCGUACGUCGGUUCGCAGUGAACGUUUGAACAGUUCCGUCGUCGCAAUUUCUCGUAUCCGGCGUUUCGCGCUAUCCGUUAUCGUUUUUUCCGUCCUGUUAUCGAUCACCCUCGUCGCGGUUGAGGCGACCUCGUAAUCCUCGGGACUUCCGCGACCGGCCAGCAUGUACCAGCUUUUCGGAAGCGCGGGCAUCUGCAGUUGUUAGUAAAAUCGAAAUGGUGAUCGUGGUAUCGUCGUUAUAACGCAUAACAGCAGCAGCACCAACAUGAACAGGAUGGGCAAAGACCGGAAGUCGGCGAAAUCCCUUUCGCUGGAAGAAAAAAAGUAUCUGUUGGCGGUACAGCGGGGAGACGUGGCCAAUGUACAGAGGAUGAUCCAACGAGCUUUUCGAUCGGGGCACAUAGACAUCAACUGCGUUGACUCUUUUGGUCGAGGUGCCAUCAACCUAGCGAUCGAAGGUGAAAAUUUGGAGAUGCUCGAAAUGCUGGUGGUAAUGGGUGUGGGACCCAAGGACAAUCUAUUACAUGCCAUUAAUGCCGAGUUCGUCGAAGCUGUGGAGCUUCUCCUCCAGUAUGAAGAGCUAGUGCACACAGAAGGUGAACCAUACAGUUGGGAAAAAGUCGAUUGGAACACUGCUUAUUUCACUCCUGAUAUCACACCGCUCAUUUUGGCUGCACACAAGAAUAACUAUGAGAUCAUUAAAAUGUUACUGGAUCGAGGAGCAACACUUCCGAUGCCACAUACAAUCAAGUGUGGAUGUGAUAAGUGUAUUACAUCUUCGAAAACAGAUUCGUUGCGAUACUCGAUGUGUCGAGUAAACGAAUAUAGAGCAUUGGCUAGUCCAUCGCUGAUUGCACUUUCAUCAGCUGAUCCAAUACUCACUGCGUUCCUGCUGUCUUGGGAGCUGAGAAGAUUAGCCAGAAUUGAAAAAGAAUUCAAAAAUGAAUACGUGGAACUCCGACAACAAUGUGAAACAUUCGCUGUUGACCUGCUUCGACAAACACGAAGCUCUCACGAAUUAGAUGUGAUUUUAAAACAUGACUCGGAAAAUGCUCCUAGCAUAGGAUCCAUGAAGCUAAGACUCAUUGAGCUUGCAAUAAAAUACAAGCAAAAAAACUUUGUAGCACAUCCGUAUAUACAACAACUUUUGGCAACUGUCUGGUACGAAGGUCUUCCUGGAUUUCGUCGUUUACGACUUUAUAAGCAAAUAAUUGAAAUCAUCAAAAUCGUUUACUUUUUUCCAUUCUAUUGUCUUGUGUACUUAUACGCACCCAGCGCUCAGAUUGGAAAAGUAAUGGAAAAACCAUUUAUGAAAUUUUUAAUUCAUUCAUCUUCCUAUCUUUCAUAUUUAGGUUUAUUGGUAUUGGUGUCGCAGAGGGCCGAAACGCAGUUUAUAGAGCUCUUCGGGUCCGAGUCAAUGAAUAAAAGUUUGCGAUUGCGACAACUUCGGCAACGCGGCAAUGGACCAUCGUACAUAGAGCUCUUGAUCUUGCAUUUUGUCAUCGGAUACAUCUGGCAGGAGAUACUGGACGUGCGCAGGGAUGGCCUGAAGAGAUACCUAGCACACAACGCUUGGAAUUACGUGGAAUUUGUCAGAAACAAGAUGUACGUGGCAGUGAUCGCGCUGCGAGUUUACGCAUAUGUGACUGAAAACUCACAAAUAUUCUAUGACCCCUCUUCGGCGUUCAUUCCCAGAGAGAAAUGGGAAACUUUCGACCCUCAACUCGUAGCCGAUGCCCUAUUUGCUGCUUCGAACAUACUGAGUGCUUUAAAGCUGAUCCAUAUGUGUUCAAUAAGUUCACAUUUAGGACCGUUGCAACUGUCAUUGAAACGUAUUCUGAUCGAUAUACUCAAAUUCUUCAGUAUUUACAGUUUGGUUUUAUUUUCAUUCGCAUGCGGACUCAAUCAGUUAAUGUGGUAUUUUGCUGAUCUAGAACGGAAAAAAUGUUACAGCUUAAUAGAAGCUGGAUCUGGCGAGUCAUGCUCUAAAUGGAAGAAUUUUGGAAAUGUGUUUGAAUCCAUACACACUCUGUUUUGGACGGGUUUUGGUGAGGUCGAUCUUGAAACCUUUGAUUUACCAGGAAUGAAACCUUAUACGAGAUUCUGGGCACUAUUUAUGUUCGCUACUUACUCGGUAAUAAACGUUACAAUUAUGUUGAACUUGCUUAUUGCUAUGAUGUCUAAUUCCUAUUCUGUCAUUGAGGGUCAAUCAGACGUGGAAUGGAAAUUUUCCAGAUCGAAACUGUGGUUGAGCUGUUUUGAAGAAACACCGACACUCCCUUCGCCUUACAACGUAUAUCCAACUCUGAAACACUUUAAAAAACUUUAUUGUUACAUAUGGAAGUCUAAGAAAACUGAUUCAUGGCCUCAGAAUGAUAAAACCAACAGUUUCAUCAAUCAAAGUCAAAGAGAAAGUGAGUUUGCCACUGUGAUGCGAGCCCUCAUCUGGCGAUAUAUUUCCAUGAAACAUCGAGAGAUGGAAAAUGUGGGUGUAACUGAAGAAGACGUAAACGAAAUAAAGUCGGAGCUCAGCACUAUGAAAUACGACUUUCUUGAAGUACUCCGAAAAAACGGUAUGGAAGUGCCCAGCGAUCAUCGUAAAAAGACCAUGGAUAAAAAGUCCAAAAUCUGGGAACGACGGUUAAUGUCGGACUUUUACGUGGCACCAGUGUUUCCGGGCGGUAGUACUUGCAGUAGCAGCAAUAGUAUUGAUCAGUCGCUUGAACAUCGAUUGCGGCCGAUCGAUCGGUUCCGACAAGCUGUUCGAAUGGUGGUGGCCAACUCGGCGUCCGGCAGAUGGCGGACUACCAUAUAUGGCGUGUAUCAAAACUCACAGAUAGGCACCACAGCUGGGCUGGGGUCUUUCGUCAACAAGCAGAAUCUACAAUGGGCCAUGAACGAGGUGUGGGCUCUACGUGAAAAACGGCCAUCGACAAAUUCCACACCGACGACGAAAGUACAGACGGUGUUUACGUCGUCCCCGUCAUCUAAUUCGUACCCGUUCGAACUACCGGAGCGCCGGAGCACUCUGCGUGCGCUCAUCGACGAGUUCCGCCGAGGUGAGCAUCAACUCCACCGCGGGCCCGGUGGGGACGCUACAUCGUGGGCGGCCUCCGCACCGGUCCGCGGACAACUGCUGAAAGCGCCUCCGCCGUUACACCAACCGCAGCAACAUACCAUGAAAAAGUCCGCGUCAGUCUGGUAUGCCACACCACCCGCACCCGACAGACCGCUAGUCACCCGGAUGAGCAUGCCAAACUUGCAGUCCGAAACUACCUUCGACCGUCGACAGCAACCACAGCAAUCCUCAGGACCCAUACCCGAAGAACUCUGACGUAUUGUAUGUAUAUAAUACUGCUGCAGUUUUCGAGAAUUUUUUCAACUUUAAGGAACUUAUCACCUGAUCUAAAACGUUUUAAAAAUACUUUUAUUCCAUUAAUUUGUGUAUUCAAGAAUUUUUGCUAGAUUGAAAUGAUUCUCUUAUUAAGUAUUAAAUCUGCAAGAUAAUAAUUAUUUUCUUUAAAAUAUUUUCAUAUUUUUAUAUCAUUAUUUAUUUAACAUAUAAUAUUAUUCCAGGGACAUAUUUUAAAUCAUAAAAAUAUUAUUGUCUUUUUCAAAAUUAAAUUAAUAUUUGAAAAGAUAGAGACGUUACGACUAGAUUAUUCGUCUCUUGGGUUAGACUCGAUCGUCUAAUGCACUCGAUAGUUUGAUAAGGUUAAUUUGGUUUUGUACUUAAUAUUAAUACACUAUCAAAUUUAUGUAAUUUAUGAUUAAACUAUUUAUUAUUAUUAUGUUAUCUGCACAUAUAAAACUAUUGUUUUUCAGUUAUUAUUUUACUAAUAAUAUUAUGUAUUUACAUUAUUAAUAUUAUUUUUAUGUACGAUAAUUUAUUGACAAUAUGUUUUAUCGAUAACUUUAUUAUUUUUGAGUUUGUGACUAUAAUCAUAAUAAUCCUUAUAAUUUCUUAUUUAUAAUUACAAUCAAAUUUUUUAUAUAAAUUUUACGUUGUUAAAUUUUUAAAAAAUAUAUCAUUGUAAUAUUAUAUUUAUGAUAAGCUCAAAAUAAUUAGGAAAAACACUAUGACCGUACAAUGGAUAGAAAAAAUCUGUAAUGGUUAAAUUAUUAAGUCGUGUCUUAAACCUUAAACAAUGUUCUAAGACUAUUAUCAUAGACUUUUAUCCUUAAUACACAUAUUUUCAAAUACUUAGAUUGUUCAUUCCAUUAACAUGUCAACUUAUAGACUAUAAUAAAAACUUUCUAAAACACAUUGUACACCAACAACACAGUUUCCGCUUUACUAAGAAUUUAAAAUAUGUUAAAAGUUUAAGUGUUAAUAAAAAUGUAUUUAAAUGA